UAAGCUAUGAUCGAUUGUUAUUCGUUAUUCAGCUUUUUCAAGAUGUCUAUAUACAUGGAAACAGAAAACGAAAGUAAUUUCACGUAGCAUUCUUCUGUACAGCAAGUAGUGUACCUUUAGAAAAUGAUGUACGAUAUAAAUUGGAUAUUUCCAGCAUUGAAACAACCUUCUCGUCUUUGGAAUUUAGCGAGUUCAAUUACGUUUGCGGCAGUUGGAAUCUUUAGCAAAAUUAUUAUAGAAUGGCUGAACACAACAAAUGUGUAUAACAAAGAUAUUUUAGUCAAAGCUCUGGACCACAGACCACAAAAUGUUCCACUUAUCACAGUGUCCAAUCAUCAUUCUUGCUUUGAUGAUCCAGGAUUAUGGGCUACUCUGGGCCUCAAACACUUAUGCAAUCGUAAGAAGAUGCGGUGGUCACUAGCAGCCCAUGACAUUUGUUUUACGAAUGUUUUCCAUUCAUACUUCUUCAUGCUUGGCAAAUGUGUGCCAGUCAUUCGGGGGAAUGGUGUUUAUCAGAAAGCCAUUGACUUUUGCGUAGAGCAGCUAUGUAAAGGUCAGUGGGUUCAUGUGUUUCCUGAAGGACGAGUGAAUAUGACCAAAGAAUUUUUGAGGCUGAAGUGGGGGAUUGGACGUUUAAUUUACGAGUCACCUGUGAUGCCAAUUAUUGUACCAAUGUGGCAUAUUGGUAUGGAUAAUAUCCUUCCUAAUGAACCUCCCUAUUAUCUACGGAUACGUAACAAGGUCACUCUUAACUUCGGCAAACCAAUUGAUUUUGGGAACAUAUUGGAUCAACUAAGAUCAAGCAACGUAUCUCCACAAGAAGCUAGGAAAACUAUUACAGAUAAAAUUCAAGAUGAACUCAUGACUUUGAAGGCUGAAACAGAGCAGCUGCAUCUAAUUACCUUGCGUUCUUGAUAUAGUACUUUUCACUCAAAAGCAUUCAUAAAGACAAUAUGGAUGUCCAAAAUUCAAGACAUGAUCAAAAAGAAAUGAAACAAAGUAAGGCAUGGCUGAAUGUUGUGUUUGUGUGUAUUGUGGCUAUUCCACUAUCAGUGUUGAGUGUUUCUACAAUUUUUUUAAACCAUUCCUUGGUACAGGAUCUUUCAAAGAAGGAUUUUCCAGUAGUGAUAUAACAGCAGUAUCCUUUCAGCCAGGAGUCAGGUAAUAUUUUUAAUUCUACCCUCAUUUUGUUCACUGGUUUUCUUCUCUUUCCUGUCUUUUGAAAUACACAGAAAAUGAUUAAAACAUUACUAUAAUGUCCUUAAUGUAAUCAUAUUGUUUUAUACUCUUCUGGCAUAUGUAUUCAGGGCAUUGUCCUAGCUGUCCGUAAGUUUGAAAUGUUAUUUGGUCACUAAUGUGGAAAACUUGCCUCUUCAGGUGCCUAUUUAGUCACAUUUCUUUGUAAUCUCAUAAACAGUACAGUAUGGCAAGCUUUUAAAAUGUUUCUCUAUGAGUAAGAAUGUAAAAUUGUUCCUUCAGGAAGAUUUUAAAUGUAUGUAUAUGCACUAUUUCAAUGCUGUAUGGUAUUCAUAAAUUCAGCAAAAGUAUGUAAUUGUACAAAUCAACUCUAUUAAUUUAUUCCUUUUGUAGUACAGAAAAUGUGAUGUAAUUUUUAGACUGUAUUGUUUGAAAUGAUACAAAAAUUGUUUAAUUCAUGACUUUAAAAUAUUACGUUUGUGUGUGUGUGAGGAUAUUUUUGUAUUUAUAUACGGAUCAUGUGUAUUUUGGGGACUUGUUUUUCUUACGUCUUAACAUGAGAUGGCUCUUGCUGAAAUUGUUUUUAAAAAACACUUAAACAUGUAAGGACUGGUGUAUUUCCAGUUUUAUAAAUUAUUUAAUUAUUUUUCACAAAUAAAUGUAUUGAAAAUAAAACUGUUAUGUACUGGUUCUCCUGAAAUGUAGUACUUUUGUUGGAGUACAGUGAUAUGUUCAUUUCGUGUGAGUGUGUGCGUGCUUAAGCGUGUGUGCUUUUUUUUGGCUGAUGUGUUACCAAGAACAUUUUGAUUCCCUACAGUUUACCAUUCUGUCACAACUAUAUGCAUACAAUUGCUAAACCUUUCCCUUAUAGGUUACAUUGCUGUUAGCAUUAUCUAGCAAAUCUCUCUUUCCUUUAGUAGACCAUACUAAAACAUUAGAUUUUAAUCAUUGUAAGUAACAGUCUCUAGCAUAUAACGUGUAUGUAACAUACAUAACAUACAGUAUUAUGUUACCUUCUUGUCUUACAGACAGCCUGAAGAAUAAAGAAAACUGAAAGUAGGACUAAAGUUUCUUCAACAUCUUCAGGAAUUUACUUGUCAAGAUUUACUGAAGAUGAGUCUUCUGGGAUGUUGUGCUGUGUAAUCUGGUAGGUUUAUGGAUGUUUUCUCCAUGACAUUUCAGAGGAAAUAUCAUUAAAUUUCUACCAGAUUACAUGGCGCAUUAUCCCUGGUGACAGUCAUCUUUAUACUUGCCACUGUCAGAACACGAAAUGUUGUCAAGAUUGACUGUUCCAAUGUAGUGUGGUAAAAUUAUAUUUAAUUUCUAUUUGUUUUUAUAUAAUACAUAUAUUCUGUAUAUACUUGUUGUAAUUUUACUUUCUUAUAUAUGUAGCAAAAUGUGGCCAUGAAAAAAUAUAUUUCAAGACUUUAAAAGUAAUGUGGUUUAUGAACCUCCAAGUGUC